GGAUUAGAAAGGGCUUGAAAGCAUGUGGGCUUCCUCAUCUUCUCUUCUCUAAAUAUAAAACGUCCGUCUUUGAUUUCAUUUUAAAUGUCCUUUUUUUCUCUCUUAUUUAUUUAUCAAUUCAAGAUUAGCCCGGAUUGUUUUGCUUCCAAAGGAAGUGAUUUUUUUAGUGUUUCUUGUUAGCCUUUGCAUAUUUUUAAUAUACAUAUAUUUGGUUGGUCUUUUAUUUCUUUUCAGAAAGUUUUUUCAUUGUCAGGAGCACAAAUUUUAUCUCUCAAAGAGAAAGGCCAUUGCUUUUUGUUUCCUUUUAGUUGAACUCAAUGAUUUGAGAUUGGAAUAAAAACAAAAAACUGAUAUAUAGAUAGAGAGAGAGAUAUAUUGUUAAUGGAAGAAGAGAAAUCCAGUAGCAAGUUCAAAAGAGUAUGUGUUUUCUGUGGAAGCAACUCUGGCCGUAGAAAAGUCUUCAGUGAUGCUGCUCUUGAAUUGGGCAAUGAACUGGUAAAGAGGAAGAUAGACUUGGUGUAUGGUGGGGGAAGUGUUGGGUUGAUGGGUUUGAUAUCCCAGACAGUGUAUGAUGGAGGUUGUAAUGUUCUUGGGAUAAUUCCAAAAGCUCUUAUGCCUUUUGAGAUAUCAGGAGAAACGGUGGGAGAAGUGAGAACUGUUUUAGACAUGCAUGAGCGCAAGGCUGAAAUGGCCCGAGAAGCGGAUGCCUUUAUUGCUCUUGCUGGUGGAUAUGGAACAAUGGAAGAGUUGCUGGAGAUGAUAACAUGGUCCCAUCUUGGAAUACAUAAGAAAACAGUUGGUUUGCUAAAUGUUGAUGGUUACUACAAUAAUUUGCUUGCUUUAUUCGACAACGGUGUCGAAGAGGGUUUCAUCAAGCCAGGUGCUAGGCAUAUAAUUGUCUCUGCUCCAACGGCCAAUGAACUUUUGGAGAAGAUGGAGCAAUACACACCUUCACAUGAACAUGUGGCUCCUCAUGAAAGCUGGCAGAUGGAGCAACUUGGUGAUUAUCCAAAGCAAGUAAAUGCACAAUGAAGCAUUGAUGGUAAUCUGGCUUUUCUAAGGCAUUCAAGGAGAGGCAAAGGCAGAGGGUGAAAUUGUUUUUGACAACUUCCCCAUACUUGUAUGCAUCGUUUUCUGUGACUAUGACUGGUGGACCACAAUGCCUUGGGUUAUCUUGUGGCCUAAUCUGAAAAGAGAGUGAUUCCUAGGGGCUAGUGCCCAAGCAAUCAUUUCAUUUCAGUUCCCACCUUUUAUACUGCUACUUUUUAGAAUUAAGUUGGUAUUGUGGUAAGGGUUAAAUCCCUCUAUACUGUGGAGCUUAGUGUAAAACUUUGACAAUAAUAUUUCUUCGUCUUUGAAUGAAUGAUAUUCAAAUACAGCCCCUUGGAUGUUUGGCCUUAAAA